UCCGCACGAAGCCAUAAGAAAAAAGCUCCGCAAGAGCAAAGAAAUAAGAAGUCCGGCGGAUUACCAGUCGAUCUUCUCGGCGUUCAGUCGCUACACCGGCGGGUAUCCCUUCUUCAGGCUCCCUCCUCCCAGAUCCACCCCUCAGGCCAUAUCAAGCGUCGCAGAUCUCGGUCGUGGCAGAUCAGAUCUGGAUCCGGCCCAGCGGCCGCCGACCAUGAGCGAGGAAUCGCCGUGCACCUUUCUGGUGCCCUUGGACAAGAGCUGCCUCUCCACGGCCGAGGAGAUCAAGGCUGACCUCGAGGGUAGCGACGUAGGCGCCAAGGUCGACGCCCUGAAGCGCGCCAUCACGCUCCUCCUCAACGGCGAUACGAUCCCGCAUCUCCUCGUCACCGUCGUCCGCUACGUUCUCCCCUCCAAGGAACACAUCAUCCAAAGACUCCUCCUCCUCUACCUCGAGGUUGUCGACAAACGGGACGAAGCCUUCGGCAAGGUCAGCCCGGAGAUGACCCUCAUCUCCCACAAGCUCCGAAACAACCUCCAACACCCCAAUGAGUACAUCCGCGGCGUCACACUGCGGGUCCUUUGUCGGCUCCGCGAGCCGGAGCUGCUAGAGCCUCUUUUGCCUGCCGUUAUUGCCAACCUCAAGCACCCGCACCCUUUCGUCCGCCGACAUGUGUUCUCUGCCAUCUCAGCGAUCUACCGCCUGCGUGAUGGGCAGCUCCUCCCACAUGUGCCUUGCAUUGUGGAGCGUGCUCUCGCCAUCGAGCAGGACCCAACUGCACGGAGGAACGCAUUCCUCGUCCUCUGCGACUGCUCCAAGGUUCAGGCCACCUUGUACUUGCUCAUCAAUGCUGCCGGCUUCACCGAGUGGCCUGACCCCCUCCAGAUGGCCGCCCUCGAUUUCUUCCGCGAAGUCUGUGUUAAACACCCUUACAAGAACCAUCAGAGCCACCUUUUCUGUCACAGGUAUAUUGAGGUCAUCAUCUCCUUCCUCUCCACUGGCUCAAGUUCAACUGCUGUUAUGUAUCACUGCGCGUGCACGCUGUUGUCUGUGUCCCAUACACCGAACUUGCUCAAGGCUGCGGCAAAAACCUACUGCCAGCUGCUCAAUUCACAGCGUGACAGCAAGGUGAAGCUCAUUAUAUUGGACCGCCUGCACGAGCUGUGCAUCUCACACCGUUACAUGAUGGUCAAUUUUGUGAUGGACAUUCUGGGCGAACUCGCUAGCCCUGAUCUGGAUAUCAAGAAGAAAGUUCUGGAUUUGGUGCUUGGUCUGCUCACCCCACAAAAUGUGGGGGACGUGGUGUUUUCCCUGAAGGAGGAGGUCUAUAAAUUAAUGGGCAGUCUGCUGGAGUUUGCCAAUGAGUACUACCAGAUGCUAUUGCAGGCGAUCCAUGCCUGUGCCGUGGUAUACCCCAAAGUAGUUGGACCAGUGGUGAACCUCCUCUUGGGCUUCCUUGGUUAUGGUGAUGUUGCUUCAGCAUCUGAUGUUGUUCUGUUUAUGCGUGAGGUCAUUGAGACCAAACCUUACCUGCGUUUCUCCAUUAUACAAGGGCUGAUCGGUAGGUUAUAUGAGAUCAAGGAUUCCUUCAUCUGCUCGUGUGCUCUCUGGAUCCUUGGGGAGUACUCACUUUCGCUAGUUGAGGUCGAGGGAGCCAUUUCUACUAUUAAAGAGUCACUUGGAGAUCAGCCCUUCUAUGCUGUCUCCGAGAAAAGCGGGUCAAUUGAUUCAUCCAAGCCAGACCAUCCAGCCAUGGACUCAUCUACUCUAUUUUCUAAAAGAUUACUUGUCGCUCUUUUAAAUGGCACUUCUGCCAGACAGAGUGCUGCCACCGAUGACUCCAUUGUUACUCCCGCUCUUACUAGUGGGUUGUUCGAUUCCAGUUAUAAUCUCAGAUUUCUCAUUAUGUCGGGUGAUUUUCACUUGGCUGCUGUUGUUGCAUGUACGUUGACCAAGCUUGUGUUGAGGCUGGAGGUGGUUCAGCCAUCUAAGAUUGUAAUAAACAAUGCAUCGGCGGAGUCCUUGCUGAUCAUGGUGUCCAUACUGCAGCUGGGGAAUUGCUCUUACCUUCCCCACCCUAUUGACAGUGACUCAUAUGACAGGAUUGUGUUUUGUAUUAGGUUGCUUUGUAGCACUGAUGAUCAUGCAAGGAAGGUUUGGUUGCUGUCAGGCCGCCAGAGUUUCACAAAGAUGGUCAUUGCUGAGAAGCAGUUCAUGAAGAAUGAGAAGAUGAAGGUCAAGGCACAUAAUGCCCAUGCACAUCCUGAUGAUUCCAUUGAUUUUUACCACCUGAGGAGCAAAAGGGAACUGGACCAACUUGUGUUGGAAGAUGAGGUCCGAUGUGAUUUAAUGGCUGCAACUGGUGAAGUUAUGAAGGGCACAUAUGAUGCAAAUAAACUGAUAUUAUGAUAUAGUGCUUGAUAUUACAGUCAUAAACCGAACAGAAGAAACACUGCACAAUUUGUGCGUGGAGUUUGCAACAGCGAAUAAAACCGCAGUAGUUGAGCGCACUAAGAAAUACACUCUGGCUCCUGAGGCAUGCAAGCAAAUCCAGGCUAACAUUAAGAUGUCCUCAACGAAUGUUGGAAUUAUAGUUGGUCACAUUGUUUAUGAGACUUCAGAUGCAAUGGAGCUUCCAGAGGUGAUCCUAAAAGAUAUGAUCAUUAACAUCGCAGAUUACAUGCAACCUGCUACAUGUAGUGAUGUAGGUUUCCGGAAAAUGUGGUCCGGGUGUUCGUGCAAAAUUAAGUUGAAGGUCAACACGGUGCUUAACGAUGAGAAUGAAUUUGUGAAUUUCAUAAUCAAGUCAACAAACAUGACGUGUCUAACACAACUGUAAGUUCAAAGAAAACUUGAC